AGCGGGUUUGUCUUGUUAACGGAGAACAAACGGAGACUUUUAUCAGGUAAAACUGGACAUCAGCUGCUGGUUCUGGUCCGAUCCCAGCUCCUCGGACUCUAAUCCGGAUUAAACCGGGUUGAUCUGGUCCCGUCCGGAGGGAAGAGACUCACUUUGGGAGGAAAAUAAACAGGAAGUAGUUAGAUUGUGGGACGUGUAGUUCCUGUAGGCCACCAGGACGGAAAAAAGAAACAACAGUAAAUAGUGUAAAGUGUCUCCGGGAGCCGGACUCUGCCGGACUCUGCCGGACUCUGCUCCGCCGCCAUGCCGGGCUUCACCUGCUGCGUCCCGGGCUGCUACAACAACUCGCACCGGGACCGGGAGCUCCGGUUCUACACCUUCCCGAAGGACGCGGGGCUGCGGGAGCUGUGGCUCCGGAACAUCUCCCGGGCCGGGGUCAGCGGCUGCUUCAGCACCUUCCAGCCCACCACCGGGCACCGGGUCUGCAGCGUCCACUUCCCCGGCGGCAGGAAGACCUACAGCAUCCGGGUCCCGUCGCUGUUCCCGCUGCGGGGCGUCAACGAGCGCAGGAGCCGCCGGGGCCGCGGCAGGAAGGUGUCCGCGGCCCCGGCGGCCCCCUCGGGGGGCCCCCCCGCGACCUCCGGGCUGGGGGUCAGCGGCGGGCUGGAGGGGGGGGCCGAGGGGGCCGCGGGGGGCGAGGCCAGCGACGACGGCAUCACGGUGGUCCAGAUCGGCCAGAACGGGGAGUACCUGGGCACGGCAAGGCUGCCCGCCCAGUCCGAGGGGACCUGCUACACCGGGGGACCGGGUCCGGUGGGCUGCAGCGGGGACGAGCUCACCGCAGACGAGUGUGCCCCGCAGGUGGCCGUGCAGUACGUGAGCGUGACCAGCAGCCCGCUGGACCACUCGUACUCCCUGACCACCGGGACCACGUCCACCGAGCUGCUGCGGAAGCUGAACGAGCAGCGGGACAUCAUCGCCCUGAUGGAGGUCAAGAUGAAGGAGAUGAAGUCCACCAUCCGCCAGCUGAGGGUCACCGAGGCCAAGCUGCAGGAGGAGGUCCGGGAGCGGGACCGGCUGCUCUACGGGAACUCCGUGGCGUUUAACGUCCGCAAGAAAAUGUGAUGAGACCCGGUUUCUGACCCCGAACCCUACCGGAGACUGAGACCCGGUUUCUGACCCUACCGGAGACUGAGACCCGGUUUCUGACUCUACCGGAGACUGAGACCCGGUUUCUGACCCUACCGGAGACUGAGACCCGGUUUCUGACCCUACCGGAGACUGAGACCCGGUUUCUGACCCUACCGGAGACUGAGACCCGGUUUCUGACUCUACCGGAGACUGAGACCCGGUUUCUGACCCUACCGGUGACUGAGACCGGUCCAGAGACUCAGAGAGACUCAGAGAGACUCAGAGAGACUCGGAGAGACUCGGAGCGGGUCCAGCUCUAUUUUGUAUAAAACUUUGAGCGAUGACAAUUUAUUUUCAACAAGUUGAGCUGAUUUUUCAGAGGCUGAAGUAAAAAUAAAGUUGAGUGGCUCGUUAAUGUAGCUUCUAUAAUAACAUGAUCACCUGGAGACCUGCUGGUCCACCAGCCAGACUUGGAGACCUGCUGGUUCACCAGCCAGACUUUGAGACUUGCUGGUCCUCUAACCGGACUUGGAGACCUGCCGGUCCUCCAGCUGGACUUGGAGACCUGCUGGUGGACCAGCUGGACUUGGAGACCUGCUGGUCCACCAGCUGGACUUGGAGACCUGCUGGU